AUGACGCCCGCCCAGGAGCGAGCCCUCCGGUACAUGCAGCGGCAGCAGCGCAACGAAUCGCAAAUGCUGCGCCAGUUCCACAAGAUGUACCCGUCCUACAAUUUGAACCCGUUGAUGCGCCGGCGGCACCAGCAGCUCGUGGAGGCCCAGGCCUUUUUGCUUUGCAACGCACAGUGA